GUUAUUUACUUCGUUGGAAGACAUAAUACUAUAAGCCAAGACACUGAGGAUCCACCCCAAUGAUGCCCCGUGGAUUACUCCCCGCAUAAAAAGACUUAUUGAGCAGCGCAACAAGGCAUACUACACCAACAACCGCCUGUACAAAAGUCUACGUAACCAGGUCAUCAGGGAAAUCAAGUCGACCAAGAAGACUAAUUAUCCCAAGAAAGUGCACGGCCUCAAGGAAGUCGGCAUCGGUCAGUGGUACUUCAAGCGCGGUUCAUCUCCAACGGGAAGGGGAAUGAAGCACAGCUCCGCCAGGCGAUGAAAAGCUACUGGCAGGAGUACAGCCCAUCAAUAGAGUCCAUGAUGCUUUCGCAAGACGCAACCUACCUCGCUGAGAAUGAGCAGAACGAAAUCCUCUCCUACCUACCUAACUACAGCGGCAAGAAGGUGCUUGAGCUCGGCGCUGGCAUAGGGAGGUUCACGUCCAAGCUGGCAACAAUGGCGGCUCACGUAACCGCUGUGGACUUCACGCAACAAUACAUCGACGAGAACCAGAAGCAGAAUCAACACUUGAGCAACAUUACCUUCAAGUGUGACGACGUCACCAUGUUGGAUUUCCCGGCGGGAUCGUUCGACGUUGUGUUCAGCAACUGGUUGUUCAUGUACUUGAGCGACGAGGAGGUCUCGACGACGUUCAGUAAGAUCUACGACUGGCUCACUCCUGGCGGCUACUUCUUCCUGCGCGAGUCCUGCUACCACAAGUCUGGUAAUGUUAAAUAUACCGAAAACCCGACACUGUACCGCGCACCAUUAGACUACCUACAGAUGCUGCGAGUCUCCUCCAGAGAUAAACCAGGCUGUUACAAGAUCAUUAGAGCCAAGAACAUUCUAGUCUACAUUCAACAUAAUGGUAACCCGAACCAACUGUGCUUUCUAGUCCAGCAGAUGGAGAAUGAAGAGUCAACCCCACUAAAGCAGCAUCUUGAGUCAGUCUUCGCCAUCAACAGCUUCACCGCCCUGGAGAGAGUGUUUGGUUACAACUGGUGCUCUACCGGAGGAGAACUUAGCCACAGGGACUUCUCUGCUCGUCUUGGGUUACGGCCGGGUCAGCGGGUACUGGACGUAGGCUGUGGUACGGGCGGGGCAGCCACCUUCAUGGCCAGACACUAUGGUGUUCACGUCCAUGGCGUCGACCUCUCCUCCGACAUGAUCUUCAAAGCCAUCGAGCGACAAGGGAAACUCGAGUCAAGGGUGAAGCGAAGGAUUCAGUUCGAGAUGAGCAGCAUCAUGGAAGUAGACUACGAGGAUGGCAUCUAUGAUGUUAUUUACAGCAAAGGUACAAUUCUCUACAUCAAAGACAAACAAGAGUUAUUCAAGAAAUUUUACCGGUGGUUGCGACCAGGUGGGACUCUCUUUAUCGUCGACCACUGCUAUACCACCUCCCAGCUGUCACCAGACCUCCUUAACUAUAUCCAGAACAUCAGACAUCAAUGCCUACUGACCAUAGAGUCCUUUGUCGCCCAGCUCAAGGCGGCAGGUUUCGAGGAUGUGAAAACCCAGAACCUACGAGAGGAUUUCAUCAAAUAUAAGGAAAUGGAACUGAAUUUCUUAACCUCUACUCGCGAGGCUUUUAUCCAAGAAUUCUCGCAGAAUGAGUUCAACAAAAUGUUUUCGGGCUUAUCAGCGUCGAACCGAUGGAUAAAAGAAGGACAAUUCGCAUGGGGAGCCUUCACGGCGCACAAGAGAUUCAGGGAGGACCUAAACAACAAGUGAAGUGAAAAGAACGACGCUGAUUGGAUUACAAGAUUUCGACCCUCAAAAAAAAAUCAUAAAGAAAUGAUAUCCAUGCAAAGCAGUCAUUGAAUCUUGCUGUCCUUGGGUAAAGAGCUUUAAAAACGGAACCAAUUUACCAUCAAUAAGAACAGAUUAACAGAAAUUUAUGAUAACCCAACAUAUCAACCAACUACUGUACAGCGUCAGAUAUUACAGUAAAAAAUAAAAAUAAAAUAUGGAUUUAGCCGUCAUCUAUAAAUGUUCUUACAUCAAUAACUACAACCACAACUUGAUGAUGAUAACGAAUACUAUUUUGUUAGCUUUGUAUAACGAAGAGAUAAUAUCAACAUCAGCAAUCGAGAUAAAGCAUUUAAUUGUUAUGUAGACACCAAAUAUUAUUUUCAUGUUAAAAUAAUUAAUCUUCUAUUAGCAAGAUAUCCUUCAAAAACUAUAUACUGUACUACAUUGAUGUAAAAUAAUUGAGAUAAAAACAACGAUUCCCAUCCAUAACAUUACUUACAAAUCAAAUGGUACAGGGGUGAGUCUGCCUACACACCCAGGCAGCCUCAGCCUGUAGUACUCCUAAUACUGUAAAAUUUAAACCAACUAACCUAAACCAUUUUAAGUUAACAAAACCAGUUGCAUCUCUCAGGGAAGAAUGUACUGAUCACUAAACAUAGUUAAGUGUAUGGCAUCUAAACAUUUUAUAAUAGUUUUCUAAAACAGUAGUAUGUUGUCCAAAACCAGUUGCAUCUUUCAGGGAAUAAUGUACUGAUCACUAAACAUAGUUAAGUGUAUGGCAUCUAAUCAUUUUAUAAUAGUUUACUAAAACAGUAGUAUGUUACAACUAUUUUUUUUCAUACGUUACCGCAAGCGGUACAUAAUUAUGAUGACAUAUAAACAAAUGUUAUGUUAGGCUGUAACUCAU